AUGGCGCCUUACGAGGCAUUGUAUGGUAGAAGAUGUAGGACACCUUUAUGUUGGGUAGAUUCCAGUGAGAGCAUUGCCUUAGGACCUGAGGUAGUUCAGCAGACCACUGAAAAGGUUAAGUUGAUCCAAGAAAGGAUGAGAGCAGCCCAAAGUAGGCAAAAGAGCUACUAUGAUAAGAGAAGAAAGGAUCUUGAAUUUGCUAUAGGUGAUCAUGUAUUUCUGAGAGUCACUCCGUGGACUGGGGUGGCUUUGCCACCGUCUCUCUCAAAUCUCCACGGUGUCUUUCAUAUCUCUCAGCUCAGAAAAUAUGUCCAUGAUCCGUCGCACGUGAUCAAAUUGGACAAUGUCCAAGUGAAAGAGAACUUGACAUAUGAAACACAACCACUGAGGAUCGACGAUCGUAUGGUUAAGCAGCUAAGGGGGAAAGAGAUUCCCUUGGUCAAAGUAGUAUGGGGAAGUGCUUCGGGCGAGGAUGCCACCUGGGAACUAGAGGGUCAGAUGCGUGAUGCAUAUCCUACCUUAUUCGAUACUGCUGAUGCACUGAAUGCUGCAAGGCUUGAAUCUAGUUUGAGACUACGGGGAGAGACUGAUAAUGAAAAGAAAAUGGCCAGAUUUAACUACGAUGGUGUGUGGCUUGUACCUAUUGAUGUUUUUGAAGGAAUUACUGAUGAAGGUGUUGCCAAAGUUGUUGAUGGUUUGGCUCUCAAAGUGGCUGAUAGAAAUAAGUUGAUUGAAAAGAUGAAUAAUUUGUAUAAACUUUUUGUUGAUUGUGAUUGCACUCUUUUGGAAGACGCGCUGAGGAACUCUCAAAAGCAAAACAGGGCCUCAAGAAGCUUAAAGAACAACUGA